CAGCUCAGUUCCACCUCCAGCCACUUCCCUGAUCAGCUCCACUUAGUCUGGUAAUUAGUUUAAUUCUGUUCACCUGCUCACUCCCCUACUUAUAGCUGCCUCUGUCCCUUGCACUCUGCCCGAUCAUUGUGUUUGUGCUUUUUCCUGCCUGGGAACCACAUGGAGGCCAGAUCCACUCCAGUCCAGCAGGGGGCGGUAAAUUGACCAAUCAGCUGCUUUGUCUCAGUGACGUCCACCGGAAGUGAAACUAAAAGGCUCCAGCAGCAGCGUGUGUGGACUCCGCUAGAAGACGGUUGUGUUUUCGUUUCUCGGCUGAAUCUUUGCGUAGUUUCAGCAACAAUGUCUUCAGUUCAGCAUCUGAGAGAGUUUAUCAGAGAGCGACUAACUGCUGCUGCUGAAGAAAUCUUCUCAGAGGUUGAGAAAACCAUCGUCCGCUACGAGGAAGACGCCAGACUGCUGGAAAGCUACUGGAGGCCUCAGAUAAAACUCCCAAGAAUCGACCUCCAGAAGCCACAUGUCUCCAUGGAGGAGGAAGCUUCUGCCAUCCAACAUCUCUGCAACCAGAGGAGAAGGUCCAGUCAUGACCAGGAGGAAGCAGAACCUCAGGGGUCUGAAGAGGAACAGAUAGAACCAGAUCCUUCCCCGAUUCAAGAACCGGGGGAGCCAGAUCCUUCCCUGAUUCAAGAACAGGGGGAACCAGAUCCUUCCCUGAUUCAAGAAGAAAAUGUGGAGCCUGAGUCUUUGUGGAUUAAAGAAGAACAAAGGGAACAGGAACCACUAAUUGAAGACCAAGAGGACCCAGAACUUCCACUGAUUGAGGAACAAAAGGAGGGACCAGAUCCUUCUAGGCUUAAACAUGAACAGCAGGAUCUAGAAAAUUUAGCAACUAGACAGGAGGAGAAGGAUGUCUGCAGCAGUCAGGAGGGAGAGCAGCUUGUCCAGAAGCAGUCUGUUGUUCUAAUGGAGACCUUUAUUCUUCAGGAACGUGAAGGAGAACCAAUAACUGAGCAGCUUUCCUUUCAUAUCUCUCCUGUAGUUAAGACCAAAGACCAGGAAGGAAGCAGCUCCACUGGGCCAGAGAGUCAGUCUUUGACUGACACUAAGAAAAUGUCUUUAAAAUGUGACGUUUGUGGAAAGUUUUGGAAGAAGAAAAGUCAGUUGAAAAAUCAUUACAGAACCCACAAAGACCUCCAGAAGCCACAUGUCUCCAUGGAGGAGGAAGCUUCUUCCAUCCAACAGCUCUGCAACCAGAGGAGAAGGUCCAGUCAUGACCAGGAGGAAGCAGAACCUCAGUGUUCUGAAGAGGAACAGAUGGAACCAGAACCUCCUCUGACUGAAGAACAAGGGGAAUCAGUACCUCCUCUGAUUAAAGAAGAAAAGGUGGAGCCUGAGUCUUCAUGGAUUAAAGAGGAAAAGGAGGAACUAGAAUCUCCACUGAUUAAACAAGAACAUAUUGAGCCUGAGUCUUUAUGGGUUAAAGAGGAACAAAUGGAGCCAGAACCACAGACUGUAGAGCAAAGGAGCCCAGAACUUCCACUGAUUGAGCAAGAAAGGGGUUCUUCAAGGCUUAAAUGUAAAAAUCAGGAUCCUGAACAUUUACCAACUAGAAGGGAUCAGGAGGAUGUCUGCAGUAGUCAGGGGGGAGAGCAGCUUGUCCAGAAGCAGUCUGUUGCUCUAAUGGAGACCUUUACCCUUCAGGAACAUGAAGGAGAACCAAGAACUGAGCAGCUUUCCUUUCAUAUCUCUCCUGUAGUUCAGACCAAAGACCAGGAAGGAAGCAGCUCCACUGGGUCAGAGAGUCAGUCUUUCACUGACACUAAGAAAAUGUCUUUAAAAUGUGAUGUUUGUGGAAAGUCUUGGAAAAAGAAGAGUCAAUUGAAAAAGCAUUACAGAACCCACACAGGAGAGAGGCCUUUUUCUUGCCAGACAUGCGGAAAAAGUUUCACUCAGCUGUGUCAUUUAAAUUUUCACAUGAGAAAUCACACAGGAGAGAGGCCUUUUUCUUGUCAGACAUGCGGAAAAAGUUUCACUCAACUAGCCACUUUAAAUGUUCACAUGAGAAUCCACACAGGUGAGAGGCCUUUUUCUUGUCAGACAUGUGAAAAAAGUUUCUCUCACAUGUGGUUGUUAAAACUUCACAUGAGAAUCCACACAGGAGAGAGGCCUUUUUCUUGUCAGACAUGUAGGAAAGGUUUCACUGGACUGAGUCAAUUAAAUGUUCACAUGAGAACUCACACAGGUGAGAGGCCUUUUCCUUGCCAGACAUGCGGAAAAGGUUUCACUCAGCUGAGUCAUUUAAAUAGACACAUGAGAAUCCACACAGGUGAGAGGCCUUUUUCUUGUCAGACAUGCGGAAAAAGUUUCACUCAACUAGCCACUUUAAAUGUUCACAUGAGAAUCCACACAGGUGAGAGGCCUUUUUCUUGUCAGACAUGUGAAAAAAGUUUCUCUCACAUGUGGUUGUUAAAACUUCACAUGAGAACCCACACAGGAGAGAGGCCUUUUUCUUGUCAGACAUGUAGGAAAGGUUUCACUGGACUGAGUCAAUUAAAUGUUCACAUGAGAACUCACACAGGUGAGAGGCCUUUUCCUUGCCAGACAUGCGGAAAAGGUUUCACUCAGCUGAGUCAUUUAAAUAGACACAUGAGAAUCCACACAGGUGAGAGGCCUUUUUCUUGUCAGACAUGCGGAAAAAGUUUCACUCAACUAGCCACUUUAAAUGUUCACAUGAGAAUCCACACAGGAGAGAGGCCUUUUUCUUGUCAGACAUGUGGAAAAAGUUUUACUCGACUGUGUCAUUUAAAUGUUCACAUGAGAAUCCACACAGGUGAGAGGCCUUUUUCUUGUCAGACAUGCGGAAAAAGUUUCACUCAACUAGCCACUUUAAAUGUUCACAUGAGAAUCCACACAGGAGAGAGGCCUUUUUCUUGUCAGACAUGUGGAAAAAGUUUUACUCGACUGUGUCAUUUAAAUGUUCACAUGAGAAUCCACACAGGUGAGAGGCCUUUUUCUUGUCAGACAUGCGGAAAAAGUUUCGCUCAACUAGCUACUUUAAAUGUUCACAAAAAAAACGCACACAGUUGAGAGGCUUUUUUCAUGAGGAAAUAUUUGGACAAAGCUUCGGUCAAGGUGAUAGUUUGAAUCUUGUCAUAAAAUAAAAACACAAACGUAAGUAGUCUUUUUUUUUUACUACAAAUAGUGUAAAUAUUAGAAUUCUUCUUAGUAGUUUUCCACCAGAGACCCUCUGCUGCCACUUUCUGGAUUGGAGUCUCGUCUUUUCUAUAAACUUAAAGUCUGCCUUAUAGAUCUAGUCAGUUUCUUUUAGAUUGAGCAAUGUUUUACACUCAGUUCUUUCACCUGAGAAAUGUUUACACCGGCAAAGGCUGAAUAAUUAACUGAUCUUUUUUUGAGUUAGCUGUUGAGAUGUUUUAUGUUCUGAGAGUUUAUGUUAGCUAACUUGUUUAUUGUUUUAAUUCCUAAUUGUACGUCACUGGUAAGAAUUAAAAAUAAAUCAAAAGAUUAAUUCUGCAGAGCCGGUCCAAAGUUUUGUUUUUUUUAGCACUUUUUCAUCUCUGGUUUUCAGAAGCGACUUCAGCAAAAGCUUUUGAAUCCUUGUUAUUCUUUUAUAGCCUUCAGAUUUUUGUAUCUGUUCUUUUAAAUCUUGAUGUUUGUCCUUUUUUGAUCACAUUUUAUUUACUCAAAAACCUUGUCUCUUGGAGGUUUCCCUUUGGUAAGUGUUUUUUGAUUCUAAAAUAGGGUUUUUGGUUAUUUCCAAGGGUCUUGUAUAUUGAGGAGCCGUGUAGGUUUUAUAUUUUAGUUUUUUUAAUAUUGUUUUAUUUUUAAAUUCUGUACACUCUAGUAAGUUUGAUUGACAUUUAUUCUCAGCUAGCGUGUGUAAAAUAUCUAGAGUAGGAUGUGAGGGUGUCAGUUCUGUUGAGGCCUUUCAGAUUUAUCCAAUUAACUGUUGGCUUCAAAAAUUAAAUUUCUUUACAAGGACUAGCCUUGGGUCAAACAGGGUCUGGUACAGCAGGUUGAUCCAACUGCUUCUAUUUAUUUUCAAUAGAUGUCAAAUACAUAUUUUUAUUGAUACUUGUUUUUGCAUCCAUGUUUACAUUUUCUAUUGAGUCCUUUUUCUUUUCUGUUUUUCUUUCUUUUUUUACAAUUAACAAUUAAAUAACUUAAAGUGAUAUAAAUGAAUGAAUGAUGAUGGAAGAAUUUAUUUAAUAUGUUUUGUGACAGUUUGUAUUCAUAAGGUUUGAGAAAAGAUUGAAGUAUUUUAUGUAUUGUUUAUUAAUUUAUUUUAUAUUAAUACAUAACUUCACUGUAUUCGUUGAGAAUAUUCGCUACAGUCACGUGCUAUGAUUUCGGUGACCCUAAGAAAAAUAAAGAUCCACUUAAAUGCAAA